CUUCCUCCAUUAUGUUGUUGGUGAUUGACCUGGCAGCCAUCUUAGAGCGAGAGAGAAAGAAGAACGAUAAGGACUUUGUAUUGUAAAAAGCAAAGGGAAGUGUAUGCGUGGGAGUUGCCCAGCUACAUUCCUCCUCACAUCGACGGCGUCACGGGUGUGUUUCGAACAACAGAUCCUGAGCCGUGCUUACAAAAAAAAGAAAUGAAAAGAAGAGCAAUAAAAAGAAAAGCCUCAGUCAUGAGCAGUGUACCAAUUAAAAGGAGCUGCACAAGGAACAGUGGUGAAAGAGAGAAGCCUACAUGGCCUCCAGCGUUACAGAUGCUGGUCAGUGUUCAGGGAGCUCAGGGUUCCUACAUGAAAGAGGCUUCGGGCUUAUACCAGUUUUUCAACACUUGUGUCCCAGACACAUUAUUGGCUUCCUUUCAUAUUCUUUACAUCAAAUAUUUACAUAUAAGUGCUCUUCUACAAUCAAAUGACUUUUUUAGAGUACUCAUGGAUACUUUAAAUGAAGAAAAGUAUAAUUACGCUAGAGCUCUUUGGAUUAGACGGCUGAAGGAUUUUAAUAAACUUGACCGUUUCAGUAAUAUAAAAGACCAUUUUCCAAUCAUUGACAAACUGGUAUGUGCUGAAGUUGAUUAUCAUCAGGAAACCCCCAACGGCCAUCCCAUAUAUGAAAAAACACUGAGCAAAUUUCGGCCCUUUGGUGACCUGAGGGCUUUGGGUGAUAUAUCAGAUCCAUCUCUUAUUCUGGUGCACCGAGAUGUUUACAAUCCUCGUUAUGAUCCAUGUAUGCAUCAUGGACUGUCCCUGGCUGUUACAGAUGACAACAAAAGUUGGAAUUGUGUUUUAAAAAAAAAAAAAAAAAAUUCAAAGGUGAAGCACUUGAAUGAAAACAGACACUGUGUAGGAAUAAUUGUGAGUAAAAUCAAGAAAAAAGGCGAGAAACAGCAGCAAGGAUUGCUUCAGACAUCAAUGAGAAUUACCAGAUACAACUUAGUGCACAAACGAUUGGAAACAGGAUCGACAAGCAUGCGUACAGAGGGAGAGUAAUGCAGCAGAAACCAUUCAGUCUCAAGCAUAAGAAAGCAAGGGUGAAAUUUGCUAAAGGACAUUCACAGAAUGAUAGCAGCUUCUGGAGAACUGUUUCCUUUUCAGAUGAAUCCAAAUUGAACAUGGAUGGACCUGGUGGUAGAGAGUUUGUGUUGAGAAAGCCAGGAGAAGCAUUCCAAUUAAACAGCAUUAAGGGUACUAUAAAGCAUGGAGGCUGGGCUGUUUUUGUCAAGAGAAACAAGAUGGAUUCAAUUGUGAAUAGAUGAUGCUUUAUUUUAGAGUAAACCAGACAAACAGAGUUACUGAAAGCAGAAAGUCGUGGGUGCAGUGAUGGCAGGCUUCCUCGGUAGCGCUAGGCUACAAUGGGUGAAAAUACAAUAAAGCCCAAACCGAGAGACAACGGGUGGUAAACAGUCCAAUAAUCCAGAAACUGAACAGCAAUAAUCCACCAGAGAGCAGGAACCGGGAACAGAGCAAACCACAGGCACUGCAUAGAAAACAGACAUGAAACAACGAUCUGACAAAGACAAGACAGUCACUGAGGCUGAAAUAGAGCAGAUAAUGAGCCACAGCUGAAACUAGUGAACUCAUCAACGGUAGUACACAGAACGGCCAGAAGAGGCCGAUGAACCUAUGAACCAUGACAGUUUUUCCUACAGUAGUGUUGGUGAGCUUGUGCUCAAUGAUGGCUAUUGGACUCAGAAGUGUACAGAUGGAUUUUUGCGAACUUGCAGAAAUCAGCGAAGAAAUUAUUCAAGCAACAGAAGUGGAUUAGAUUUCGGUUAAGCGCUUAAGUAUUGCACUACACUACAGAGACUUCAAGACAUUUUUGGCUUCACUUUUAAAACCCUUUUACAAUGUCCACCCAUAUAUACAGUGCUUGCUGUACUAUCACUAUCAGUAUUAAAGUUUUACUCGUCACACACUACCCCAGUCACUGUGCUGCUGAUCACUGUAUGUACUGCAUAUACCACAAUGUUACAACAGUUCUUAAAGGUUCUGUUGUCUUGAAGUUAUAACAAAUGCGUUGCAUGUUAUAUGGUAUUUAUUGUGUUGUCCUCAUUGUAUUGAUUCUACUUGCAGGGUGUGUAUUUAUUGUCUUGUACUUGUCUACAAGUCUGCUGAGUCACUUGUCACUUCCUGUAAUAUUGCACCAAAGCAUUAGAGAAUGCUUCCUUCUGUCUAACUGCCUGUAAAUGCCUCCUGAGCUCAUUAUGAUCUCAAGAAGAUUAAGUCUUUUCAUACACAUAAUCAUUGUUAAUGAUGUGUCUUAUUCUAUAGUUCUGAUUAAAUAUUAUGUAGUAUUAAUCAAAAAGGGGAAGUGAAGAAUGUACACACACUUGUGGUGUAAUGCAGUUUUACUAUCUGUAUCUGUUUGGUGCUCCAAAUAUUCAUAUCUGUAUCUGUAUUUGUUUAAUGCUCCAAAUACUCAUAUCUGUGUCCUGAUUUAAUUUUUAUAAACACUAUGCCCACAGAAACACUGGAAAACACUGGGGAAAAACCCAGAGGUAGAAAUGUUAGCACAGUCUUUCAACAUUGGUCUCAAUUAGAGAUGUGCACAGGACUGUUUUUUUUUAACCCCUCUAACAAAAUUACUUUGUACCUGCCAAUGAUAUGUUCUAACACAUUUUUUUGAUUGUAUUUAUUGGGCUAAUGAAGCUGCAUGUUAAAAUUAUAAGGUUGUGUCAUAAGAUGGAUGCAGUUGCAGUUUAGAAUUUUAUUAAUACUGGCAAACACAAGACGUGAAGCAAACUCAUGAAUAGGACCAGGCAAGAGGUGAUCAGCAAACAGCAAUACAUGGGCAAAAUCCAAAAACCAGGAAGCAAGGUAAGUUCAAAACCCCAGACCAGCAAUCACUUCAUCAAAGGCUUGGUAAG